AUGACUGUAUGGUUUUUGAAAAACAAGGAAGGUGAUGUAAUACCACCAGAAGAAAUAACAUCCGAACAACGGUGUAAACUCUCAAAGCUUACUCGAGAUGAUCUAUUUCCACCAAAAUUUAGCAUAGAUGAGAUUGAACCGUUAAAGUACAAUCAGGAUGGUACACCCAAAGAUAAGCGUUGGAUGAAUUCAUUCAUGUGCUUUCGAAGGGUAUUAGGACUCCAUUAUAAACGUUUCAAAAUUGUCUUCAAUGGUACCGAACUUUCGCAACUUGCCAAGCUGAUCUGGUAUGGUGCUAGCGAAGAAGAGAGGAAUAUAUAUAAACAAAUUUCAAAAGAUUUGAGAGAAAGACAUUAUCAACUUAUUCCUAACUACGUAUUUCGUAAGGCGCCAAAACCUACCGAUGAUUAUAUAAAUUACGGUCCUGAAACCUUUGAAAGAAAAAGGAAGUGCGAAGAUGAUAUCCAAAGGGUUAAGAAACGAAUAUGUAAAAAAGAUUCAGAGUCUACGAACGUCAUCGUGCUCAGUGAAUCAUUCAAUAAAUCAUUCAGUGAAUCAUUUAAUGAAUCAUUCAGUGAAUCAGAUAAUAAACAACCUACUUCAACAACUUUAAAUACCGUGGCAUAUUUUCCAUACGACGGACAAAAUUUUACUGAAGUAGAACCAUUUCAACAAAAUAAUCUCUGUAACAUUGAUUCAACAGCGGAUUAUACGCUAUGGUCGCAAAGUUUCGCACCUACUGUAGAUCCUGGAAUGAAUAUGCCAUUAGGAUUUCCAGAAAACUUAGUAUUUCCAAACGAAAACUUGAAUUACAUAUUGUUCCACGACGGAACAAACUUUCAGGACACUUACGAGAUCCCGAUUUCUUGUGAAGUCUCCUUAAACGAAAGUUUCGAUAAUUCUUGUUGUUACUAUCAACCAAUAAAUUAG